AUGCAAUAUCAACGACGUUUUGGUCCGUAUUUAAUUAAUGUAUUGGUCGCGGGCAUUGAUCUAACAUCAAAAAAACCAUUUAUUGCUGCCUCUGACUCUGUUGGCGGUAUGUCAGAGUUCGAAGAUUUUGUAUCUGUAGCUUUUUGGCGUCCUGAUCUAACCGCUGAACAGUUAACUGAGGCGACUGCACAAGUAAUGCUUGGAGUCAUUGAGCGUGAUGCGGCAACUGGAUGGGGUGCUAUUGUUUAUACGGUCACACAGAAUGGAAUUACUUCUCACGCACUCAAAUGCCGACUUGAUUGA